AUGUCGGACUUCAUUGUUGACAGUUCCGAAGUGAGGGCCUUCAGCAUCUCCAUCACGUCGGCCAUAGUCGGCUCACUCAUGGUGGCUGGGUGCGGCGCGGACGCGGAGGAUGAUGGUGGCUAUGCACUCAUGAAGACAGAGAUAGAAGAGGUAAGCAUUGGACAGUUCUGGACCGAGGAAGACAAAACCCUCUGUUCCUCCGUGCUGGGCUCGGAUGCCUUCACAUAUCUGACAAAAUGUGGUGGUGCCAUAUCUGAAGGUCUUGUAGCAGCAUCUGUGUUGGCAGAUUUGCAAAAUAAACUCCAGAACCUAGUUGAGGCUGAUGAUCAGAGCAUUCGUUGGGAUUAUGCCAUCUUCUGGCAGCUCUCCCGCACAAAAUCUGGUGCUAUUGUCCUUGGCUGGGGUGAUGGAUCUUGCCGUGAACCUCAUGAUAGUGAGAUUGGCUUUGCUACAUCUAUGAGUGUUGGUGAUGCAUCUUUGGUGACCAGACAGAAGAUGCGGAAGCGGGUGCUGCAGAGGUUGCACACAGCAUUUGCUGGGGCUGAUGAGAAGGAUUAUGCUCCUGGAAUUGACCAGGUCACUAACACUGAAAUAUUCUUUCUAGCAUCUAUGUAUUUUGCAUUUCCACGUCACGUUGGUGGUCCUGGGAAAGUUUUUGGUGCAGGGGCACCCCUUUGGAUUCCAAACAAUAAGCACAAUGUUUCCCCAGCAAAUUAUUGUUACCGGGGAUUCCUUGCAAAUGCAGCAGGAUUCAAGACCAUUGUGCUAGUACCAUUCAAAGCUGGUGUACUUGAGGUAGGUUCAAUGCAGAAUGUACCAGAGAGUGCUGAAGCUCUGCAAACUAUGAGGUCAAUGUUUCUUGGGACAUGCAGUAACAGGAUAGCAAUUGAGAAGCAUGAGGAUAAUAGUUCUGUUCAAAUAUCGCCAAGUUUGACGAAGAUUUUUGGGAAGGAUUUGAGUAUCAGCCAACCUUCAGACAGCAAAGGAGCUGAUCCAUCAAAGGUGGAUGAAAGUUCAAUGAUUUUUGGGAAGGAUUUGAGUAUCAGCCAACCUUCAGAGAGCAGGUUGCUACCUAAUCUCCGGAAAGGUUUGCAGAAUUUCUCAUUGAGUCAGUCUCGAGGCCUGAAUUCUGACCAGCAGAAGUUUGGCAAUGGUAUCUUAGUUGAGACAAGCGAGACUGCAAAUUGCAGCAAUGGAGCUUCUCAUAGCACCACAGUGAGCGCAUUUCAGCUUCAAAAUCCACAGCUGAUCUUGGCCCAACAAGCAUCUCAGCCCCGGGGGCCAAUGCAAAUAGAUUUUCGAGUAGGGUCCAGUUCCAAGUUUGGUGUUUCGAUUUCUCAAAAAGCCAUGUUGGAUGUGGGGAAGGGCAAUGCGAGUGACUUGUUCAAUGAGGAAAGGGAGGGUCGACAGCCAAGGAAGAGGGAAAGGAAACCAACAAACGGGAGGGAGGAACCACCGCUUAGCCAUGUUGAGGCUGAGCGUCAGAGAAGGGAAAAGCUCAACAAGCGAUUCUGUGCUCUGAGAGCUAUUGUGCCCAACAUCUCAAAAAUGGACAAGGCAUCCAUUCUGGAAGAUGCUGUAAUGCAUAUCAGUGAUCUCAAGAAGAAACUGGAAAAGUUGGAAGCAGAGCGGGAUCGACUUCCAGAGCAAACACCUGGGCCAGAAGUGGACAUCCAGGUGGUGCAAGGUGAGAUUCUUGUUCGAGCGGUAUCUCAGAUUGAAAACCAUCCAAUACAAAAGGUGCUCCAAGCAUUUGAAGAUGCAGAGGUCAAAGUAGGUGAGUCGAAGGUCACAGCCAACAACGGGACAGUUGAGCAUUCCUUUGUUAUCAAGUCCCCUGGCUCUGAACAGCAUACACGAAAGAAAUUGCUUGCCUCUAUUUCUAAUGCAACUAACUCUGUAUAG